AAUAAAUUAAAUAUUCUAGUUAAUCAAUAUAAAGAUCUUAAAGAUAAAUUCAAUGAACGCUACAAUAAAUACUGGUGCAUGGACGACGGUGUCACCGAAAACAGCCUGCUUGCGGUUUACUCUUCCGUUUACAUUUAAACUCUCCUGUGCAGCAAGUGUCAAAGCGUGGGCUCGCGUACGUACGUGCACGUGAUGUGCGCGUGCAUCCGCGCGCUUGUCCGUUGCCGGCUCCGCUCCUCCUCAAAUAUUCUCGCCUGCCCUCCUCAUUUCCUCCUCAACCAUUUCAUUCCUUCCUUCCUUCCCCUCGCUCGCCUUCCUGGCUUCUUCCUCCCCAGCACGCACACGCACACGCACACACCCAGCCUUUUGGCUGCCCUGCCGGCCGUCAGAGAGAGAAACCGAGCUCUAACUAACUGAAGUGGCGGCCACAUAGCUAGCUACUCUUCUGAUCCUGAGCGCGCACGCGCCAUGGCUCAGGAGGACGUGCACCUGGACGACGCAGGCCUCGCGCUGGGCCUGUCCCUCGGCAGCGGCAGCGGCGGCGCCUCUGGUGCGGCGCGCCACGGUGGUAUCAGCCGCCGGCUGAGCAGGGAGGUGCGGCUGCCGUCGCCGCACCCGCUGGAGCCGUCGCUGACGCUGAGCUUGCCGGACGAAGCGACCGCGACCGGGUCCGGCGGGGGCGGGGCCGCGCACAGCGUGUCGUCGCUGUCAGUGGCGGGCGUGAAGAGGGAGCGCGUGGAUGACGCCGAGGGAGAGCGGGCGUCGUCUACGGCCGCGUUGCCGCGGGCCUGCGCCGGCGCCGAGGACGACGACGACGACGGGAGCACGCGGAAGAAGCUGAGGCUGACCAAGGAGCAGUCCGCGCUCCUGGAGGACCGCUUCAAGGAGCACAGCACCCUGAACCCGAAGCAGAAAGUCGCGUUGGCGAAGCAACUGAAGCUGAGGCCACGGCAGGUGGAGGUGUGGUUCCAAAACAGGCGAGCAAGCCGCGCGCGCAGGACGAAGCUGAAGCAGACGGAGGUGGACUGCGAGCUGCUGAAGCGCUGCUGCGAGUCGCUGACGGAGGAGAACCGGCGGCUGCAGCGGGAGCUGCAGGAGCUCCGCGCGCUCAAGUUCGCCCCACACCCACAGGCGCCGCCGUCGUCCGCGACGCAGGCCGGCGCGGCGGCGGGCGUCGUUCCGGCGCCGCCGCCGCCGUUGUACAUGCAGAUGCAGAUGCCGGCCGCCGCCACGCUGAGCCUGUGCCCGUCCUGCGACCGCCUGGCCGGGCCCGGCGCCGCCGCCAAGGCCGAGCCCAGGCCCAAGGCAGCCGCCACCCACCACUUCUUCAACCCCUUCACCCACUCCGCCGCCUGCUGAUGAUGAGGGCAGGGCAGCACGCAGCCACGCAACGCAGCGGCAGUAAACAGAGCACCGCCCCGUGCAGAUAAUACCACGUCUGUACGUGUCACAAGUAAUUAACAAACGUAUGGUCCUCCUCUCUAUCUAUUUUCUUGAUCCGGAGGGCUAAGUUAGUUGUUUUCGUGUCGAUCCCAAAUGCAUCAGCUAAUCCAUCAAUCAUAGGCUUGAUAGAGUAGUCGAAAAAAAUAGCCGUAGCUUUCCUAGCACUCCCUCCGCCCCCCCCCCCCCCCCCCCCCAUCCAUGUAUAUUUCUGUUGUAAUUCUGUCCCUCUCUCGCGGUCUACUUGCUCCCUUUUCGAUUGGAGUACGUAGCUCCUUUGCCUUUUUGUUUUUGGUUUUUUGUUUCUGUUUCUGUUUGAGACAGGUUAAUAUAAUCGCCGUCGUCCGAGGGUGUAGUGUCAGGGAUUGAUAUCCCUGUACACCGAUUAUUGGAUUGAGAUGCUUCUAGCUAGUCUUCGUACUGAUAAGCGUGCGUGCGUACGUCAGAGCACCACAGUGCUGGAAUGGAUGAUGACAUGAGAGACAGGUAGAGAAGCCCAGCUGCGUGGCUCUUGGACCUUUCUGCAGGUGUACGUGGUGUGUACACACGCACACCCUUUUUUAUAGUACAUAUAUACGGCUCAAUGAUUGUGC